AUGAGUGCUACCGAAGUAAUUAAUGAUGAGGUAUCGGUGGGUUCCAAAACUAUUGUUGCAGCACCUGCUGUUGUUGUAAAUGAUGUAAUUGAGUCUUCAACGGGAGCAAGUGCUACCGAAGUAAUUAAUGAUGAGGUAUCGGUGGGUUCCAAAACUAUUGUUGCAGCACCUGCUGUGGUUGUAAAUGAUCCAAUUGAGUCUUCAACGGGAGCAAGUGCUACCGAAGUAAUUAAUGACGAGGCAUUGGUGAGCUCUAAAACUAUUGAAGUAGAAACCACUACAGCAGCCGAGGUUGUGGCUGAACCAGCAGUUUUAAAUACCGAAGCGCCACAAGAUUUGAGUACGAAAAUUCUCGCAGAUGCUGUACCUGAAGCUGUAAUUGUAACAGCCCCAGAGGCUGAAACUGCUAUAACCACAGGAUCUCCGACAGUUGACCUAGAAACUAUUAAGCCAGAAGUAGUUACAGAAGAAAUUGUGGUUGUUGAAUCGAAACCCGUAGAAACGGUCACUGCAGAAACCGGAGCAACUUUGAUUGAAGUCAAAUCUCAAUAA